AUGAAGCUUUUGAUAAGUUAUACUUCAAAUCUUCACUCACUAACUCCUCUUUACUGCCUUUUCUUUGUUUCUUUCAAAUGCAUAGCAGCCAACAGCAUUUCUUCCCUUGUCAAAGUGGUAGAACCAGCAUCUACCAAUGCAGCAACCUUUCCUUCUUCAAAUAUUCAACCAAAUGUCGCUACGGAUGCAAGGGAUGGGUCGGGGUGUAGAAAUGGGCCUUUCAGAAAGAAUCAUUCUAUACUGGCUGCUUCUGUUCCAAUGUCAUCAGACCCAGCUAAAUUCGUGUUGGAUAGCAUCCAAAAAUCUCUUGCUCAAUACUUGCAAAAUGGAGAUUGUGAAGAAAGUAUCAUGUCAAGUAACAUUUCCCUGUUGGAGGCGCUAAUGAGAGUCUCACCGCAUGUUGGACCUAAUCUGAAAGCAGAAGCAACAAAGCUAUCAGUCCAGUGGAAAGCAAAGAUGGCAGGAAAUAUUGAGAAGUCAUUGGAGGGUGUUGGAUUUUUGCUUUUUUUAGCGACAUAUGGAUUGGUUUCUAUGUUAAAUACUGAUGAGAUUAUAAAGCAUCUUGGGUUUAUUUGUCAGCAUAAACAGGCUCUAGAAUUAUGCCAGACGCAUGAUUUUGCAGAUAAGAUUGGUGAAUUUAUCCAGAUCCUUGUUGAAAAGAAGCAACUUGUUGAGGCUGUUAGAUUUAUUUUUGCGUUCAAGUUAACUGACAAGCUUCCCCCAGUCCAACUUUUAAAAGAAUAUGUGGAGGAUAAGAAAAAGUGUUCUGAAGCAAUUUCCAUGUUGCAGAUAUCACAUGAUGAAAAGGAGGUGGUGGUGGUAGAUGGUCUAUUAAGUGAUCUAAGAGCUGUGGAUCAAUACAUUAAGGAUAACAAUCUUGAGUCUGAAUACCCAUCCCCAGACAUUGAAAUGCAAAUAGCUAAGCUGGAAAGAGUAAAGGCAGAUUGGAGGCACGCUGUGUCUUCCCCUGGUUCCAUUGUUGAACAGAAAGAGCAGAGAAAAAGGAAGAAACCUAGUGCUGGCACUUCAACCCUCGAGUUCCAACCACCACAUCAGGCCUGACAGAGUAUUCAUCUUCUCUUCUGUAUCCUACUAUGAAGCUGCCUGACAUGGUAAUUUUGAAGGACCAGUGCAUGUCCUUGUUUUGAAAACACUCCCAGUGCAAAGUGCUGAUUAUACCCUUUACCAGUACAAUUAUUUUGAGUUGCAUUUCUAGCAUCUAGGAGAGGGAAAGAAAGUUUGAUACUCUUGACAUAGAUGGAGUAGUUGAAGUGUUUUGUGCAGAUUGAUACGCAUGUUCCUGGAGCUAGUCUAUCUCUAGUUACUACUACUACCGGAAUUACUGCAUGACUUUGGUCUUGGUGGUUCACCAGCUAAUGAAUUUUGCUUGCUCUGUUCAUAUAUUGUUUCGUCGAGUUGAUCAUUUCUAUACCGUAAUACCCUAGGUACCAUAUAUGGAAUGCAUGCCCCAAAAGAUACGAGACGCCUAAUCAAAAGCACACUGUUCAUGGACUCCUCAUGUUUACAACUCGUUCAUUUUUUUUUUUAACCCCUGUUUACCACCUUCUUUGUUUCUUGUUGCAAUUGCGUAGCCACCAACGUCUAUGUCUUCCCUUGUCAAUGUGGAGGAACGAGAA